AUGGCGGACAACCAUAACACGACAAAGGACGUCGAGUCCAACACCUCCACCCAUCCCAAUGACGAAAAGAAGAAACAACCCUCUAGCGAGGAAAACUUGAGCGUCCACUCCGGCUCAGAUCUAGUCAAUGUCCAACUCGACCCAGCCAAGGAGAAGAAAUUGCUCGCUACACUGGACUUACACUUUGUCCCGAUUAUCAUGUUUGCUUAUUUGACUUGUUUCUUGGAUAGAGGGAACAUCGGAAACGUUAAAGUUGCGGGUAUGCCAGAAGAUAUCGGCGCGUCAAACUCUCAAUACUCCACCGCUGUAUCAAUCUUCUACGCGACAUACGUCACCUUCGAAACGCCCCUUGCCAUGCUCAUGAAGAAAGUUACUCCGCGUAACCUUCUGUGCGGUCUUUGUGUAGUAUGGUCUCUCACCACCAUCUUCACGGGAUUCGUGAAUAGCGUUGGCGGAUUAUAUGCUAGUCGUCUCGUGCUCGGUUGCUGUGAGGCGGGACUUUUCCCAUGUCUAAAUUUGUAUAUUUCCAUGGUGUAUAGGCGAGAAGAGCAGGCGAAGCGGGUCUCGUAUUUGAUGAGUUGUGCGGCGCUUUCGGGGGCUGUAGGGGGUUUGCUGGCUUAUGGGUUGUUGCAGAUGGACGGUGUGGCUGGCAAGGCUGGUUGGAGAUGGGUCUAUUUCAUUGAGGGUAUCUUCAGCAUUCUCGUUGCUGUAUGGAUUUGGUACGGAUUGCCCAAUGAUCCUUCGAAUGCCUAUUUCUUGACCACGGAGCAAAAAUGGAUGAUGCAAGUCCGGAAUGAGCAAUCGAGACAAUACCUCGGCCCUGAGAAGUUUACUUGGGACCAGUUCUGGAUCGAAGUGCGCGAUCCCAAGCUGUACUUUAGUGCCGCCACACAAUUCUGUCAGGAUAUCAUCCUCUACGGUUUCAGCACCUUCCUCCCCGCCAUUCUCAAAAGCUCAGGCUACGACACCCUAAGAAGCAAUGCUUUGACCGUACCCGUCUACAUCUGGGGCGUCAUCAGCUUCACCAUGCUCGCCUUCUGGGCGGACCGCAUCACACGCUUCGCCCCCUUUAUCCUGGGCGCCAACACAGUCUCCAUGAUCGGGUACAUUUUGCUGCUGACCGUCAAAACCAACAACGCCGUCCGCUACUUCGCCACUUACCUCUGCGUCGUAGCCUGCUACUUGGGUCCCGGUCUCAACUUGGCCUGGUUGAAUGUCAACGUUGCGCCUCAUCAUCGUCGUGCGGCGGCCGUUGGGUUGCAGCAGACUAUCGGUAACACUGCGGGAAUAGUGGCGGGCCAGGUUUACCGUACUUCUCCGUAUGUUUUGGGAAAUUCGUUCUCGUUGGGUGCUGCUUGUGUUGCGCAGUUGUUGGUUGUGGGUCAUGUGUUGUAUCUACGGAGAGAGAUUGCGCUCAAGGAGAGCAUUGCCGAAGGUAAAGUGGAGGAUAAGAGGAGGGUUACUACUGGUGAUGGUGCUGUGGAUUAUAAGUACUUCUAUUGA